AUGGUAGCUACGGAACACGUUAUCGAUCCAGCUCAGCGCCUGCAAAAUAUUCCGCAACAACCCUUGCAUCAUAUCGAUACUCCUUUUGAAAAGGCUACCUUCGGAAUGGGUUGCUUUUGGGGUUGUGAUUCGCUCUUCGGAGCCACUAAAGGCGUUCUGCGUACACGUGUAGGAUAUGCGGGGGGCACUACCGAGGCUCCUGUCUACAAGAAAAUGGGAGAUCACACGGAAGUCAUUGAGAUCGAUUACGAUCCGGUAAAGAUCAGCUACAGUGAUCUGCUGGAUUUGUUUUGGAACAAUCACGAGUACGGUUUGACAACUCGCAUGAAGCGCCAGUACAUGUCCCUGAUACUGUAUCACAACGAGGAACAACGCCAGAUCGCGACUGCAAGCCUUGCACACGAACUGAUUAAGCGAGCACCGGAGCAAAUCAUUACCGAACUUGCCCCAGCAGGCCCCUUUUAUCCUGCCGAAAACUACCAUCAAAAGUAUCGCCUUCAGGGUCACAGCGAUCUGGCCAAGGGCAUCGGAUUGACACCGGAAUUACUGCACACAUCGCAUGUAGCAGCUCGUUUGAACGGAUAUCUCAUCGGUGUUUCCGGACUGAAACAAUUCGAAGAAGAGGCCGAUCUGCUGGGAUUGAGCAAGGAUCAGGUACAGUACGUUCGACAAUACGUCAUAGAGAACGAAGGUGGUGGCAUUUUCUGCUAAAGCAUUUCGGACCAGCUGUGAUGAAACAAUGUAUAGUAGGCAUUCUCGGCCAGGGGAAAAGAUCAUGCUGAUUUCGUUUCUGAUUGAGGAUGGCUGAUAACGGUUUCAUAAAGCGUUGUCAUUAUUGCGUUUAAAAAUUGGAACGCAGAGAGAGUAGAUGCAUCGAUCGAAGCGAGGCAAAUUGAUACGUGAUGUUAGUUUUAGUUGUGCUGAUAAUAAGUAAGACGUGUUUGUGGCUG